AUGCACACACAUGCAGCCCAGGCCGCCGGAUCGCCCUCCACUUCCGUCUGCCGGGCCCAGGCCUCCCACACCCAGGGCUGUCAGAAAUCCCACCUUCUGCGGACCUCCGUGAGCGCGAUCCCAGCAGCCUUUAAACCCGUCGAAGAAAAUAAACACGCCCCCUCCCCCGCAGAGCCGGCUCAGGCCCGCGUCUGCCCUCGUCUCCUCGGGCCCAGAAUCCUGGCUGUGGGCCCACCCCUCCCCGCCACCCCGGCAGCCCCAGCCCCUCCUGCCAGUGCCAAGGGGGGGAUCCGUACCCCAACUCGGCAGACGCGGGAGGGCCCCGGCCAGUCCACUCACCCUCCCAGCCCACGCGCCCGGGGCCCAGCCCGACGGCAGGGGGAGAACCCAGGGCGCAAACUGCCCUCUGCCUCCCCGGGUGCAACCAGUGCCCAUGCUAGGAAGGGAAACUGCCGCCGAGUCAGGAGGGAGCUGCAGGACGUGGCUGGGGCACGCGGCCCCCAGAGCCCGCCGGCGGCCGGCGAUCAGUGCCGGCCCCACCAAAGGAAAACAAGGGAGGCCCAGCAGAGGGCAGGAAUACUAAAGCGGAGCGGAGAGGCCCCGGCCGCCCUCCCAGGGCGUCUGCCCGCCCUCACCGAGGAGCACGGGAACGGCCAGCUGCAGCAGCCCGACACCGAGAGACACGGCCCGCUCGGUCCCACAGACCCUGAGACAUCAAACCUCAUGUGGGCAUCGGAGCCACCCGAGGCCCCCGGGUCAGGUCCCAGCCCACCAGCACACAGCCCACCAGAGGGGGGCUGCUUUUCCCUCACCCCCUCCCGGGCCAGGCUCCUCAACCGCGAGACGCCAGCCCCCAACUUCAGAGCCCCCCCGGGCAGACAGGCCAGUCCCUGUCUGCUCUCUCCGGCCCCAUCAGGGAUGCCCCCCACUCCCCAAGCCCACCAAGCCCACCGAGCCCUCCACCCGGGCCGGGUCACUCCCUGCCCAGCGCUGCCCAAGCAGGCGUCCGGGCACGGCAUCACGGGUGGGGGCAGGCGGCAGCCCCAGGGCCAGCCAGCCCCCUCUCCCGGGAGAGCCUCCACGCAGGCCCUCCUGGGCCGGGGCAGCGCUCAGGGGACCCCCAUCCCCACCACGAGCCCCGGGGCAGUGCAGGCCCCUGCCUGGCGGCGGCGCGACACCAAACAUCACCCACCGCCUCGGCACACGCGCUCCCUUCGCCGCCUGCGACAGAACUGGGUCUCCGACACGCCUGUCCCCUCCCCGGAGCCUCUCUGCCCGCUGGCGCCACACCGCAGCUCCCACUGA